UCAGACAUCUUAUUGUAAUGCAUAAUGACUGGGCGUCGAGGAUAUUACAAAGGUAGGAGGUCACUAGGCUAGUUGGGCACUGCAAGUCACGAUUUCAGGCCCGCAUCCCCUACUGAGUGGCUUAUCGUGUACAUUCUGAUAGAUGGUCACACAAACUAUCCGUUGGAACGAGGGUACGUUAGACGGAUCUGUGAAAGGUUUCCAUUCCAUCCCACAUGUUUCCUCGCGGCUCGCCGUCAGCAUCCAGACCUGGACACCGCCACCUCCCCCUUAUGCAAUGAGAUCCGUUGAGACGCGAUCGAAUCGGUGGUCAAAGCCAGGAACCCUCAACAAUAGCCCCCUCGGCUGCAUGUUGUAAACUUAACGCUCUUUGUACAAAAUAUAAAUCAGCCGAUCCUCUCGGAAGAUCUACUUCCACCGUGAUCAUCGACGUACCUUAUUGACGUCCUCAAUGGGCGCCAUCAAACAUGAAGGGUACAUCCAAAACAUGUUCACAGAAAACGAUUGGAGUGAGGAAUAUCUUAGCUUUCAAGACGAUCUUCAAGGGCGGGCUCGACUUCACCUGACGCGAGGCCACGAUGUUCAUGACGAGGUAUGGACGGUCGUGGAGGAGGGUAAGAUCGAGAUUGAAUUCGACGACUUCAUAUGCCGCGACACCCCUUCGCCGAAGCUGACGAGUGUUGGAUCGAUGUAUGAGACUUGGCACGAUGCACAUCGGUUGGCGAUGGCCUCGUGUGACAGCGCGGAAAGAAUCAUUAUUGCAAGUGCUUUCUUUUGUCGGUUGAACUGUGGUUUCGUGGUUUUGGUUAUUGUUCCCUUGACGCCUCGCGCGUUGUCAUGCUACGGAAUACCGAACGCUUUGAAUGAGGUGCAUGCGAAUGACAAGAUUUCCGUCGGUACCGCCUUCACCUUUCAGACUUGGAUGUAUAGCACCGACACCAUCCGCCGGAUCAACUUCGAUAUCACACCAUCCGCUGGCCUCUUCGGUAUAUCCUUCCUCGAGUCAACCCAUGCGAAGGAGGGGAACUUGUCUUUGAAAUGGGUAUGGGGCAUCACUGGGCGUAAAUCCAGAAACCUGCUGGCUACCCUGGUGAAUGUAUCGGUGAAGUCCCUACCAUUCCGUCGUUGUGUUAUACGCAUUGACCUCCGUGCAGCUGUAUUCACACUUCGUGCCCAUCGACUUGCUCUACCCCUUGUGCCUUUUUCUAUUCCUGGAAGAGGGCAAAUUGUCGACGUCGACGAGGCAACUGGGCUCGAGCGUGCGGUAUUGGAGUUUCGUCUCUCUGGACAUCCUGAUCGACAUUCAUCACUCCGUUCGCUUGCUCUCCGUCUUUCGGAUGGAUAUGAGGAUCAGGAGGUGGUCGUUAACUUAGACGAAGCCGUCAUACUUGGACAUGCAGCGUUAGAGUUCUCUCUGCCAGGGCAUCUCAAUCGUAACAUAUCUCUUUACAAUCUCGGUUGUUACCUCCGGGCCAGGUUUCUGGAACUAGCUGCAAUAUGUGCCAGUCAGAGGGUAGUCACCGACUUGGAGGAACCCAUCAUUCGCAGCCGUGCGGCACUAGAGCUCUGUCCACUAGGGCAUUCCAGACGUGACCAAUCUCUUUCCAACCUCACUCGCAAUCUCAGGAGAUACGAUGCCCGAGCAGGGCAAGGCGAAAUCUCUUCGCCGAGUUACGCGACUAUGGACGAAGCUAUUGAUCUCGUGACAUACGUUCUGGAGCUCCGAUCCCCAGGGCACCCCGACUACUCCAAUUCCCUUGAAAAGCUCAAUCUCGGAGAGCGGCUGGCGGGUGGGGAUAAACUUGGGCGAAUCUACUAUAUUUUUCCGAGCUGUGGACGAUCUAUGUGCCCUCUGGAGACCUUAAGGAUGGAUUUUAAGACCAACAUUCAAUUGCCAACCUGA